GCACAUCAAGGACGGCGUCAUGUGAUGUGGAAAGAUUUCAAAGCUGAAACCACAGCGGUCUGGUUUAGUGUCCAUUAGCAGGUGAACUGGUCCUCCCAUCGACUGAGGCUUGUAAAAUGGUUGUAUUGGGCAGCAGACCCCUUCCUCUGUGCAGCAGUCUUCUUCUUGGUCUUCUGCUGGCCUUAGGUUGUGUUGUCACAGAGGCCAUUAUAGCCACAGUGGGAACAGAUGCAACUUUGUUAUGCAACUACGAUGCCAAGUACUACGGCAAGCUUCCUGUGUGCUGGGGCCGCGGAGCCAUCCCCAACAGCGGCUGUGCCAAUGAGGUGAUCAAGUCAGAUGGGACGUCAGUGGUCCAGAGGCUGACAGAGCGCUACCUGCUCAUGGGUAAUCUUGGCGGGGGCGAUGUGUCGCUGACCAUCAGGCAGGUGGAAGAGAGCGACUCAGGGACGUACGGCUGCCGUGUGGAUAUACCAGGCUGGUUCAAUGAUCACAAACACCAGGUGACCCUGACUGUGGUGGCAGCACGCCCUGACCCCCUGAUGGUGCAGACGAGGGAGGUGAAGGAGAGGUCGGUUACUAUUCGCUGGAAUCCUGUGUUUGAUGGAGGCAGACCCAUCACGUCCUACAUGGUUGAUUUGAAAAACAAACAAACAUCCUGGGACACUGGAGUGAGGACUGAAAUCUCAAAUCCUGAACUGACCCAGGUGACUUUGGUGGAUUUGCGUCCGGCCAAGUCCUACAACAUCCGUAUGUUUGUUGUUAACCUCAUAGGCAUGAGCGAGGCCAGCAACGUUCUGACAAUCACGACAAAAGAAGCAGCACCAGAGGGUCCGCCCCUGGACAUGCGGAUGGAGGCCCUCACCCCUCACAGUAUCAAAGUGAUGUGGAAGCCUCCGAGCGCUGAUCUCAGAAACGGGGUGCUGCAGAGUUACAGCGUCAGCUACAGAGAGUACGACCCUGCAGGCAGACAGUUUAAGAAGUGGCAGCACCAGAGUGUGACGGCCACCCGGGACCUGGAGACCCUCAUCCUGAGCAACCUGAAGCCUUCCACCAAGUACGGCAUACUUAUUCAGGCCAAAACCAAAGCAGGAAUCGGCCCUGCCUCAACUGCACCACUCUGCACCACUCUGGAUGAAGUUCAGACAACUUCAGAAGUUGUAACUGUGACGCCCACUUCUACUGAUACCACGACGCAGAGACAAGAACCUUCAAGUUUUACUACAGCAGUGGAGUCUGUUACUGAUGCCAUAGACUGGGAAGAAAGCACCACAAGCUUCACAUCAGUGCCCCCGGAUCCCCCGGUAGUCGAGUUAAAAGAGGUCAUAGACACUUCAAUUUCCCUUUGCUGGACUCCCAGCUUCGAAGGUGACAGCCCGAUUACAGGUUAUUACUUGGAGUAUAAAGCACUGAACGCGUCAUGGGAUUACAAAAAGGCAGUUGUAGACUUCAGCCCUAACGAGACAGAGGCCACAAUAAUAGAGAUAAAUCCCUCAACUUACAACAUCCGCAUGUUUGCCAAGAACAGUCUGGGCACCAGUAAAGCCAGCAACAUCCUCACCAUCACUACUGGAAGAACAGGUCAUCAGAAUAUUGAUUCUGUUACCACCGUAUCAUCUGACCCCGUAUCCUCUGCCCCUGUAUCAUCUGACCCCGUAUCCUCUGACCCUGUAUCACCCGAUGCUGCUGCGAUUGUCAACGGGAGUCAUAAUGGUCACCUGGCUGCCAUCGUGAUGCCGGUGGUCCUGGUGGUGUUGAUUGUUGCCAUAGUAACCACGUGGCAAAUUCGAAGGGUAAGACGGAAAGAAGGCAGCCUGAGCCUGUGGGUGAGCAAUGGACCACUACGUUUCAGAGAAUCUGAGUCACUGCAGGAGCUGUAAAACUCAAAGCUACUCUACACUUCAGCCUAUUGUGUCUUACAAUACUCACAAAUAAUGACUUUGUAAAAGGAGUGGUUUUUUGUCAUGUCUUUGAUGAAAGAUUUGAUUCGACUUCAGGUGUCUGUUGAUUCAAAUGCCCCCAAAAAAUAUCUAUUCUUAAAUAUACUGUAAAAAAUGUACUAAAGAAGCUGCAAUCACAACAAGGUGUUUUAUUUUAAUGUGAUAAUGUGUGUGAUUGGAUGGUACCUAAUCUUUGCUACAUUCUUUUAUGCUAAUAAACUUUUACACUGUA